AUGAAGACCAUUUCCGUCCCACAUGAGCUUCUACUCAACGAGCUCCCAGUCCACCCAAGCAAGGCCGUCUACCGCCAAGCAAGACGUCUCACAAAGUGGAACAACCGCAUGAACGAGAUCAAGCGCGAAGCCAUCUACAAAGCACGCUCGUCCCGUGCUUUCGCCAAACUCAACCAAGACGCGAUAUCCGUCCUGCUAUCACAUGACGGCCUGGACAGCCCACCGUUUCCCGUCGAGCUGGGAAGAUUCCUCGUCCAUCGCGGUAUCUGCGACGAUCCUAACGUCCUGCACUCCGAUCUCAGGGCGUUCGUGACCUUGUACAAGUCCUGGCUAUGUGAGGUCCUGUUGCCGCUCGCGAACGACGAAUCACUGAUGCGUCUGGCUCACUUACUGGUGCUUAUCCACAAGGACCGUAGCAACGACGUGGCCGAAGCGGUUUCGAUCGCGCUGGCCAAUGAGACGAUGACGCGCUUCCUCGGUGGCGAGGCCAACGUACGACCUUUCCUUGAGGUCCUGGCUUGCAAGGGUCUCCGUAACGGUCCAGACGUGCUAGCAUUCAUGUCCCGAGUUGAACGUCGCCGGCUCACGGCGAUGUACUCGCAUCUGCCAGAAUGCCCGUUAACGCCAUACCGGCCGUUCUCCUCAUUCACGAUGCAGAAACGAAUCAUGGCGCCCUCGGCCACGGCCGAUAAGCUGAGACGGCAAGCUGGGGUCUGGGAGGUGGAUGAUCUGCGCGAGGUGCUAGGCGAGGGCUCUUUGCGUUCAUUUCCGAGGGCUCGGGCGGAUCGAAUUAACGGGGUGAGGACAUGUGACAUGGAUGAGUUUGCAUACUGUGUGAAGGAUAAGAGAGCUUACAACAUGGUGAAGGGGGCGAUGAUGGCCGGCCGAAAUUUGACUCCGAGGGAGAAGGCGAUUGUGCUUGAAAGUAUGUACUUGCUAUGA